CUCUUUCUCUCUCUCUCUCUCUCUCCGGCAUCCAUCAUCACCAAUAACUCCACCAGCCAUAAAGACGGCACACUCUCUCACACCCCCGACAUCUCCUUUUCUUUCGCCGUUUUCUUCUCUUUUCUCACUCUCUCCCUCUUGUACUCACUCUAUUCAAAUCACCUGUUUCACACACUUUCUCCCCUUCUAAAUUCCCCUGUUUUCCCACCCCAAACACGUCAUUUUCCGGCCAAAAAACCGCCACAAACCCAUCUUCUUUUCGUUAACCUCCCAUCACGAUCCCAUUUUCACCUCUUAAAUCCAAAACCCACAAAAAAUCCCUACUCAUUUCCCUCAACUUCAACCCAUGACGCAUCCAACUUUCCUUCAGGCAUUUCGUCGAGCAUCUUCUGUCCCCAUUUAGAUCCGCAAACUAAAAUCCUUUACUAACAAACCCAAAACGACAAAAUGGGAACGAAGAUGACGCCGUUUCAUUUAACCGUUACUGCACUGGUUUUAUUCCUGUUCUCGACAACAAUUCUUGUAACAAACUCGUUGAACAUAGCGUUAAACGACGACGUAUUGGGGCUAAUGGUGUUCAAAGCCGAUAUUCAAGACCCGUACAAUAAACUCUCCACAUGGAACGAAGAAGACGACAGCCCGUGCAACUGGAUCGGAGUCACGUGCGACCCGUAUUCCAACCGGGUCACUGAGCUCCAUUUACCCGGGUUUUCUCUCUCGGGUCACAUCAGCAAAGGGUUGUUAAGGUUACAAUAUCUUCACACACUUUCUCUCUCUAGAAACAACUUCACAGGCCUUAUUACCAACCCUAUUCUCACUCAGCUCAUCAAGAACUCACAGUUCAUUGAUUUGAGUGAAAACGGGUUCUCCGGGUCCAUACCCGACCCGAUUUUUGUCCAAUGCGGGUCACUCAGAUCCAUUAACUUAGCCAACAAUAAGUUGACCGGUCAAAUCCCUGAUUCAAUUGCUUCAUGUUUGACUUUGCAAAAUAUUGACUUUUCGUCAAACCAGUUGUCAGGUGGAUUACCUAAAAAUAUUUGGUCGUUGACUUCUCUAAGGUCAAUUGAUUUAAGUAAUAACUUUCUUGAUGGUGAAAUCCCACAUGAAAAGAUUGAGACUUUGUUUGAUUUGAGAGUGUUUAAUCUAAGUAGUAAUAAUUUUAGUGGUGAAUUGCCUGAUAAAAUUGGUGAAUGCUUGUUGUUGAAAGUUGUUGACUUUAGUAAUAAUUAUUUGGUUGGAACAUUGCCUGAGAGUCUGCAGAAGCUUAGUUUGUGCAAUGUGGUUAAUCUUAGAGGGAAUUACUUCUCCGGUGAGAUUCCGGAAUGGUUUCGGAGUUUAAAAAGUCUCGAAAUGUUGGAUCUUUCGGUUAAUAAUUUCACGGGUUUGGUUCCGAACGCGUUGGGUGAUCUUGAAUCGUUGAAAAGUUUGAAUCUUUCGUUGAAUCAGUUCACCGGGGAGUUACCCGAUUCGUUGGGGAAGUGUGUUAACCUGUCGGUUGUCGAUUUUAGCUGGAAUAUGCUUACUGGAGACGUUCCGGGUUGGGUGUUUGGGUUACGGUUAAAGGGUGUUUCUCUUUCGGGUAAUCGGUUUACUGGGAAUGUUGAGUUUGGUGAGACUGCUGCGGGUUUUGAGAGUCUUGAAAUGUUGGAUUUGUCUUCGAAUUUGUUUUCGGGUGUGAUCCCGUCGUCGAUUGGUAAUUUCAGUAGGUUGGUUGUUCUGAACAUGUCGAGAAACAGUUUGGUUGGUUCGGUUCCGUCGAGUUUGGGUGGAUUGAAAGCUGCAAGUGUCAUUGAUUUAAGCCAUAAUUCGCUUAACGGCAGCAUUCCGAAUGAGAUCGGUGGAGCGGGUUUGUUGGAAGAACUACGGCUCGAGAAUAACUUCUUGAUCGGCUCGAUCCCGGACCAGAUUCAAAACUUGUCGGAUCUAACCACUCUGAGUUUGUCUCGAAACAACAUUACCGGUGUUAUCCCAGUAGAUAUCGCGAAGUUAACUGAACUCGAAUACGUUGAUUUAUCGUUCAACCACCUCUCGGGAAGUUUACCGAAAGAGCUCUCAAACCUAACAAAUCUCGUCACGUUUAACGUGUCACAUAAUGAACUUGAAGGCGAGCUUCCUCUUGGUGGUUUUUUCAACACCAUACCACUUUCUUCGGUGUCUGAUAAUCCGUCUCUCUGCGGGUCAAUAGUCAACGAAUCAUGCCCGGGUGGACACCCGAAGCCGAUAGUCCUGAACCCGAACCCGUCUCAUUCAGAGCACGGGUCAACAUCGUUGAACAUGAGUCACAAAAGGAUCAUACUUAGUAUCUCUGCCAUUAUUGCUAUUGGUGCUGCUGUGUUCAUAGCUUUGGGUGUGAUUGUGGUCACCAUUCUUAACCUCCAUGUUCGGAACUCGAUUAACCGAUCUGCUGCGGUUGCUCUCACGUUUUCCGGUGGGGAUGAUUUCAGUCAUACUCGUUCCCCGAGCUCCGAUUAUGGAAAACUUGUGAUGUUUACCGGUGAUGCCGAGUUUGUCUCCGGGACCCACGCGUUGCUUAAUAAAGAUUGUGAGCUUGGGCGUGGUGGGUUCGGGGUGGUGUACUGGACCGCCCUUAGAAACGGGCGGUCGGUUGCGAUUAAAAAGUUACAUGUACCGAGUAUGUCUAAAUGUCAAGAAGAUUUCGAUCGGGAGGUUAAGAAACUCGGGACGAUUCGGCAUGCGAAUCUUGUGUUACUUGAAGGGUAUUACUGGACCCCUUCGUUACAACUAUUGAUAAACGAAUACGUCUCGAGUGGAAGCUUGUAUAAGCAUCUCCACGAAGGAAAUGACGAAAAUACCCUGUCGUGGAGAGAAAGGUUCGAGAUCAUACUCGGUACAGCAAGGGGUUUGGCUCAUUUGCAUCAGAUGAAGGUUAUUCACUAUAACAUGAAAUCGACAAAUGUUUUGAUCGAUUGCUCAGGUGAAGCAAAAGUCGGAGACUUCGGUUUAGCGGCACUUCUGCCAUCGUUAGACCGCCACGUAUUAAGCGGGAAGAUUCAGAGCGCUCUUGGGUACAUGGCUCCUGAAUUCGCGUGUCAAACGGUGAAAAUAACCGAAAAAUGUGACAUUUACGGGUUUGGGAUUUUGGUGUUGGAGGUCGUCACGGGGAAGAAACCCGUGGAAUACAUGGAGGACGAUGUGGUCAUUUUGUGCGAUAUGGUUAGAGGGGCAUUGGACAACGGCCGGGCCGAUGAAUGCAUCGAUAGAAAGUUGAAAGGUGAUUUUCCGAUCGAGGAGUGUGUUUCGGUAAUCAAGCUCGGUUUGGUGUGUGCAUCGCAGGUCCCGUCAAACCGUCCAGACAUGGAAGAAGUGGUUAAAAUUCUGGAGAUGAUUCAGUGUCCUUGUGAAGGUCAAGAAGAGAUAGAAUGAAAGGGGCAAAAUGCUGCUGGCAAAGACUAUCGGUCUCGUGUUUGAUUGUUUAGGCGACAGAUGAAAGCGUGGCGGUACGAUGAUACUAAAAGGACAAACAUGAGAUGGGGUCUUUGGUGAGAGCAUUUUGCCUUUGUGUUUGGAGGCAAGGUGUUUGAUAUGAUAGGCUUUAGGAUCCAUACUUGUUGUUUAAAGCUGUUUUUGUUUUUUUGAUGUUUUCUAUUAUUUGUAUUGGUGAAAAUCUUUGUUGGGUUACAAUUGUUCCUAUUUAACUCUUUUGUGGAUAUUUUGUUCUAGGUUACAAAAUUAAAAGGGCAAAUUCGUCUUUUGCUAUA